GUUAGUUCCCUGUAUUAUUUCUCUUUAAAAUUCAAAAACUGAUUAGCCCGCCAAAAAUGCUCUCUGCCAGGGCACUGAUUAGUAGCCCCAAAGCAGUAGCUAGUGGUAGUAACCCCCCGUAGACCCCCAUUUCCACUUGGCUAUUAAGUAGGCCAUGGCAUGAAAAGCCGUAAUUGUUGUAAUCGAUUUUCCGCCACCACAGUUCGGUCGGACGGAGGCAGUGGGAAAAUUUUAAAAUCCAGCCAAGCCAAAUAGAGUUUAGUGACCCCGAAACAGAGACCAGAGGCGAGUGGCAAGCGGAGAGUGGAGCGUGGAGCGUGGAGCGUGCAGCAGCCGAGGUGGCAGGCAGGGCAGGUGAAAGCGAAAGAGGUCGCAUAUCGAUUAAACACGUGAAGUGGCGAGUGGCCAGGGGGCGGGUGGAGUUGCCAGGGGGGUGGCUGUGGCAACACGUUUGAUUACCGCGUGUAAACAACAACAAUACCAACACGAACGUGCCACGGAAAGUGCAAAAGUUGCAAGGACUCGUGUGUCGGUUGCCGUUGUGCAACAAUAGCCCGUAGUCACAUGCCAGCGAAGCCAUGGAAAAUCCGGAAUCCCAGGACAAGGAGCAGACUAUUCAGAAGCCCAAGCCACCGGAGAAACCCAUCCGGAAACGAAAUCAAGGAAAGAGUCACCAAAAAGUACAGGCCAGGACGCCGAAACCCACUCCCACGGCUAUCCUUUGUGAACUGACGCGUCUGAAGGCGCAACAGAAGUAUCUGGAGUGCAACCAGGUGAAGCUCAACCCGAAGAACUUUAUGCUGGAGGACGAGGAGGACAUCCACCGUGCAGAUCCUGAAACAGAGUUGGAUGGAGAGCGUCCUUCCAGCUCCUCUACGGCCGCUCUAAUCCGUCAGAUCAAUGCCAUUGAAGUGGAGAAGCUGGACCUCAACGAGAAGCUCAAGAAGUACAAGAAGAUCAAGCGGGAUGAGCUGCAGGACAUGUGGCACUAUGUGGCCACCAUCAGAGAGGAUGUGUUCCAGCCGGAGCGACUCAGCCAGUACACGAUUAACGCCCUGAGGGAGAAGAUCAUAGCGGUCAGUGGGCAGUUGGAGCGUUUGGGGGAGAAGAAUGCCAAGGAGCUGGAGACUCUCAGGAAGGACUAUGAGCUGCUAGAGCGGGAGAACAAGGUCCUAUGGAAGGGGAGCAUGUAAGGAAGGACUCUUUCCUAAUAAAACAGAUCCAACCUAGAGUCUAUAGCUUGUUUUUGGAGGACAAAAGUAUAUCCAUAAUUCCCAGCCAUGACUCUUGAGGGCCGGGGCACUUGUAAUCAACAUUUUAGACCUUGCCUUGAGUCUGCCUUUUAAAUCAAUAGGACCUUUUGAUACGUACGAUUUUUUUUUUUGCCUUCGGCUGAAGGAUUCCUAAAAAAGAGGCCACAUGGCUGGCAGUGACUUUUA